AUGCCCGUCCUACCAAAAGAAGACGAGGCCGACUCGAACCUCACAGACAAGGUCGCAAAGGAGUCCAGGGACUCCAACGCCUCCGACCAUCCCCUCCACGACAAGAACGUCGCCUCGAUGCAGGACCACAAGGCGAACCCUGGCCCGGUGAUGGCGGACAACCUGGGCGAGCCGGCGAGCAAGGAGGAGCUGAAGAAGAGGGCGGAGGAGUUGAACAAGAAGUAG